AUGUCCCGACCUCCUCCUCCUUUUGGAGAUUUGCAGAUGGCUGAAGUCCAGAUAGUGCGACCGGUCGACGCUUAUUUUCCGCCAACACAGGAAAAGGAGGAAGACAUGCCAUCCUCCUCCGCGAUGGGCGAAGAAGGCCAGAUUCACGAACCUGCUGUAGAGGCGUCACGCGGCGCAAACAGCACCGAUAAGGGCAAGAAACGCGCCAAGCCAAGUGCUGAUGCCGAGGGAAGCCCGACCAAGGAGCCAGAUCGCAAACGAACCCUAUUGGGCACGUUUUUCAACAAGGCAAAAACGAAGGGGAAGAAGUCUAGCAUGACCAGCGGCUCCUCUGACGAAGCCGAGGUAUCGCUAAUGGAGGAGGGCCCCUCCACUUCUACCUACGUACCACCAACUUCCGCCUGGGUUGAGAUAUCACCAAAUGGAGUUCUGGGAGGAACGAAGCUGAAUCAGGGCUCAACAAUCCUUCCCGGAAACAACGUUUUCAGCGAGCCGUCCUCACAUUACUCCCGAGUGGAGUGUGAACUCUUGAGCGAGUUGGUGCACGAGGCACUGCUGGAUGCUUACUCCAGAGCAAUGUCACGCUCUCAGCUGCUAGAUUUGCUCUAUCAUUCGGCGGAGCAACUUUCAUACUUGAGCAUGCUCAAAUACCCAACCAUGCAGUGUGUACUUAUGCAGAAGAUGAUUCGACCGUUCUUGCAUCAGGCAAGCAACUCAAAGAUGAAGAUGAGCAAACUUCAACCAAGAGUUGAAAAGAUGGUUGGGUUCAACUCGAAGUACAACCGUGAUUAUGCGUCACACAUGGCUACACUUCCAAUGGACCCUGUCUAUCUCUUAAUGAGAUGUAGAAUUUUGGACACGUCAAAACAAUUGGUGGCGACUCUCAUGCCAGCGGAUCAUAUUGCCGUUGUAGGGGAGCACCGUGUGCGACAGUGUUUGCAUGCAUUGUCACCAGAGGAUUAUGCUCCACCACUCAACGAUUAUGAUGGCGUAGAGCUGCAUCAUUUCAUGGCUCCGCCCACUUACAACAAUUUCCGCCAAGCAUGCGCUAUACCUGCGAGCCAACGCAGCCCGCCUGUUUCUGACGAGGAGGAGGCAGAAGCAUCCUCAAGACCUUCGCGAGUGAGAGCGCGUUACAUGGUUGAAGAGACCGACGAUGGAGACUUGAAGGUUUCACGAAUGGAGUAUAUCGUUGGAAAAGAGGCCGAGCGAGUGAAACGAAGCGUAAGAACAACACAGCAAAAUCGACAACUGCCGACAGGUGAGCAGCCAGCACAAGCUUCAUCGUUGUCAGCGCCAACGCCCGAGGACGAGGAAGGUGUAUCAUCCAGUUCGCCCAACGCCGCGCCUGUAGAGACAACGACGGCAUCUAUGGAAACAGAUCAGACCGAAUCUCAGGCCCCCGAAAUAGAUGGAUCGACUGGGGCCCAGAACUCAGAAGAGGAAGUGAUCAUCGUGACCGAUCCGCUGGAUGCUGCUGCCCAGGAGAAAACCGGAGAGUGCGUGUCUUCCACGGAACUUCCAGCUGGAAAUAAAGAUACGUCAGAAGAUGCAGAAAAGGGGGCUUCAGUGGCUCCCUCGUCGCCACCAGAUGAGACUGUACAGGAGACCGAGACAGAGAUUCCUUCGUUGGAGACAAUAGCGAAUCAAACUGUCUAUCACAAUGAAAAUACUAUUGAUCCGAAUUACGAUACUCUGCUGGACGAUCCACGCCCUGCACCUGUUCCAAUGGAAGAAGAGACAUCGCCCAAAAGUGCAUCACAUGGACGGACAAGUCCUGUUCAAAAGGAUGAAGCAGCUGCUUCAGGAGGGGUUCCAGAGGGCUCGACAAGUCCAGCAUCGGUUCAAGCAGAGCGUCAGGCCACAAGUGGAAUGCCUCGACCUAGCCCAGUAGCUACGCCAACGAAUGGCCAGGAGGAAAUCGAGGUCGAAGAGAUGGCUCACAACGAAGAGCAGGUCCUUGAAGCUGAGGAGCAGAUGGACACCAACGAAGGUCCAGAGAUGGUUCAGCCGAGUAGCGAGGCCACCAUUAUCGUCAUCGAAAGCGACGAUGACGAACAGAAUAUCAAUCCAGCGCCGGCUCCUGCAGUGAAUGUUAAGCAUGAGGAAGGAUCAUCCUCAUCUACUGACCACGACACACCAGAGCCACCUCGGCCGCGGCCGUCGCGACCAGCUACUCGAACCGGAAACGUGCGGCGGGGCAUAAAACGGGCGCAGCGCAAGCAGGAGCCACGCAGCAUGCGAUUACGCCGGUUUCGAGCAAAGGGUGUACGUCCUCCCAAGUUGUCAGACCGCGGUGGAGCAACCAUUUCACCAUACUCGACGGAUUUGACGACGACGUUGGGGGAAGCCGCCCGUGAGAAGAGAGACGGAGGCUUAACAGAUAGCGAAUGUGGACAAAUUCUGAACGAUACCAUUGAGAAGAAUUUGCCUAAGGAGAGCGAAGCAAUGCACAUUGCAACUCAAAUAUACAAGUCCUUGACAUCUGUAAACGAUGUUGUCGAGUUUUUCGAUAAGCGACUGCGAGAGGUGCCCAAGGAUGAGUUACAAUCUUUGAUGCACGCCGCCACUUUGUUCAACCGCCCUUACCGACGAAAUUGUGCCGCUGAUUAUUCCACAACAGUGGACGCUGCUGCUGAGUUCACGUAUAUGACUUUUGCGCACUUGGCCGAGUUGAUGCGCAGAGUUUCAAGAGAGGGACAAGUACGCCCGGUGUUGGACUUCAAAUCAAAAGACGAGGAGAUGAAGAUGCGACAUCAUCGUCAGGCAUCGGUUGGCUUGUCACCAACAGACCUCAACGCUGUCAUCUACCCUGUUGGAAAGGCCGCGAUCGAUCAGAAUGUCGCAAGCCAGCAACGAGUGAUGAUGGACCCCUUCUUUUCCGGCCCAGGAACUUACUAUCAUCUCGUCUUCAGUGACGAGGUCAAAAGAGAUGUUCACAAGGAAUAUCCACGUUACUGUCGCGAGAUAGGGAUACUUUGCGAUAUUCUCCAGCUUUUUGGCGUCCCCGCACGAUUGUCGAUGCCCACUGGGAACGUCAUAGUCGACUUCGCGAACAUCACGGCGACACAGGCCGAUCUAUUUUCAACUUGGCUACAUUAUCUGUUGCUGGCUGAGCCAGAGCACCAAGCCGCUGGAUAUGGGGCCGCUCACAAGCCUGAUACGUUCCCAGGACAGCCGUUUCCAGAGGAGCUGUGCCCCGCCGAUAGACCAGAAUUUGCCGGCUCACCAGACUAUCUGGCUUCGGAUGCCGACGCUAUUUACCAACAGUUCCGACGCCGCGUGAGGGACAGUCCAGUAGUAGCUGAUUACGACUCUGAAUCGCGAAAGCAACUCUUGGCCUUGCAAUGCCGAGAGGAGUUGGCUGGCACGAAAAAUCCUUUCGAGUUCGGCUUGUCCUCCACCGAGGUACAAGACCGGGUUUCACGCUUGAACACCCAUUUGCACGGACUGGAGGCUCGACGGCGACGACGGGUGAUAACACGAUUGUUCCCGGCUGAGAUGCUGCCGACUCCUCAAAACCGGUGUGAGGUGCCAACUUGUAGCGACGUCGACUGCCCGCAGAAUCGAGAGGGAUGGGCGCAGCUUGUUAAGGACAUCGACAGCUUUGUGGAGAGGGAGCGCGAGCCUGCCGAUCUUAAGCCCUUAUGUUACUCCGACGCGCGCCCCUCACGGCAACAGCGGUUCUUCCCUCGAGAUUAUUUUGAUCGAUUAACCGAAGAGGUUGUAAACUCCGUUCCGUUCGGUACUGGCCGCUAUGAGGGAAAUAGUGCUCCACCACUUAUGGAGCAUCUCCUCUCACGUGAGUGGCAAUUGACGGACGUGGUCGCACUCUGUACACUCUACUGUCGACGAGUUUACAGUAUUUACCAGAACAGCGGCGGGAAGCGACGAUCCGUUACGACAUAUCCAGAGUGCCAGGUACCACUCUGUUUCUACGAUUUGGAACGAAAGCGACUACUGUCUCUGAGACAUCAUCUGCCAACAACAUUGUCCGAAUCGUACCUUGGUCGCGCUUGCUUUCCAAAGAAUUAG